CUCUGGCUUUGUGAUAGAAAGCCUCUGUAGGGGGCGCUGUUAAGUGCAUGUUGCCUCAAAGAAGGAGAAGAAGACGAGCCUCGUGUCGUUCGGACGUGAUCGGUUGUGGACUUGAGACCGGUCCGAUGGGGGACAGCAGUAGGCUUUGCUCCGUGUGGCUCGGUUCCGAGACCGGUAUCGUGAAGGGAGUCAGUUUGACGAGGAAACGAGCCUUUAACUUCUGCAACACAUCUCAAUUAAGCCGGGACCAGGAGGUUCGGGUCUUGGCGUGGGGCGACUCGGCUGAGAGCGAGUUGCUCGUCGGAGCCGUUGACGGGACCGUGAAGACGUUCAGCACAGAGAAGGGCGUGUUCACUGAGGCGAGGAACUGCGGGGACCCGGCGGAGGGACACCUUGUGGGUUUGGCCUCCGUCGGGUCCGCUCUGGUCACCUGCAACGAAGCUGGGUCUGUGCGGGUCUGGAAGGAAGGGGACCGACCUGCUGCUCAGCUGGACGCUGGAAACGGCGUGUGCAGGAUGCGCUUGGACCAGGAUCGCCCGAACAGAAUCGCCACCGGUGGAAAGGAGAACGGACUGAAGAUCUGGGACCUGGAGAGACCCGAGAAACCCGUCUUCGCUGCCAAAAACCUGCGGGACGACUGGCUGGAUCUUCGGCGCCCACACUGGGUCCGGGACCUGGCCUUCAUACCGAACUCGGACAAGCUGGUGACCUGCACCGGUCACCAUCAGGUCCAUGUCUUCGAUCCGUCGACGCCACAGAGGCGCCCAGUCCUCGAGGCAGAGUUCGGCGAGUUUCCUCUGACCGCACUCUCUCUGGCCGCCGCGGGGAACGCCGUCGUGGUGGGAAACACGCAUGGUCAGAUGGCUGUGCUGGACCUGAGGAAGGGCCUGGUCCGUGGGGUUCUGAAGGGGCUGUCUGGCGGCGUGCGUGGCCUACAGUGCCACCCCCACCGGCCCCUGGUGGCCUCUUGCGGACUGGACCGCUUCCUUCGGAUUCACGACUUGGAGGAGCGUAAAGUCCAGCACAAGGUCUACCUGAAGUCAAGACUGAACUGUGUCCUGCUGGCCACUCAGCACCCCGACGGUGUGGAGGGCGCCGAGCCAGAGGCCGAGGCUGAGGUCAAGGAGGAGGGGGACGAGGUGUGGGACAGCAUGGAGCGGGUGGAGGAGGGGGGCAGGAGGGAGAGUACCAAGAGGAAACUGAGCCAUGGGCACGAGGAGGAGCGCAAGAAAAACAAGACAGGUGACUUGGUCCAGGUGUGACUCUC